CACCCUUUUGCAGAUUGUAUUACUUUUGGACCUGUGAUUCACCAUGAUUCUUUCUGAUUGCUGGAGUUUGUGUGCAGCGCUGCUGAUAUGUCCUCUUUAUAUGGGUGUCAGUGUUCUGUGUGAAGUCUUCUGUGAAGAGGAGAAUGUGAGCAUGGAAGGAGGUCAUUACACUCUUACCAAGAAGCUUGAGUAUGGCAGUAUGCUGAUAUACCACUGUCCAGAAGGGUACUAUCCCUAUCCAGCUUUAACUCGCUUGUGUCAGAAAAGUGGAACUUGGUCACCAACUCCCCAUAAAAGGCCUGUACAAAAGUGCAAGAUGGUUGAAUGCCCAAACCCCUUGGUUUUGGAAAAUGGUUCUGUCUUUCCUUUACAAAUGCAAUAUUUUGUCAACAAUGAGACCAUAUAUGAGUGCUACGCUGGAUACACAUUACGUGGCUCAUCCUCCCGUGUGUGCCAACCCAAUGGGAAGUGGAGUGGGGGAACACCCAUUUGCAGACAUGACUCAGGAGGUGGAGAGCGUUGUGCUGACCCUGGGAUUCCGGCCGGUGCUAGGAGGUCUGGGUCAGGUUUUGGCAUAGAAGACAAAGUGACAUACCGCUGUGACGAUGGCUUACAUUUGCUGGGGUCAAAGGAGCGUGUAUGUCAAGAGAAUGGCCAAUGGACUGGGACUGAGCCUAAAUGUUACUACAAGCACACGUAUGACACUGCACUGGAGGUCACGGAGGCAUUCGGCAGUGCAAUCAGAGAGAGCCUUCAGUUGGCAGCGCCCAUCGAUGACACAGAUCAGGAAGGAAAGAAGAUCACGGUCGAUAAAGCUGGAAAGCUUAACAUAUACAUUGCUAUGGACAUCUCUGACAGCAUUGAGGAGGAUCAGUUUAACAAAGCAAGAAAUGCUGUCAAGAAACUUAUCACAAAGGUCAGCUCCUUCGCAGUCAGCCCAAAUUACGAAAUCCUUUUCUUCGCAUCCGACGUAUUCGAAGUUGUCAACAUAUUGGAUUUUUUGGGAGAAAAAAGAAAAAAACUUGAAGAAGUCUUGGCUGACUUGGACAACUUUAAUUAUGGAGAGAGACAAAAUGUUGGGACCAAUCUCAACCUUGCUUUUAAAACCAUCCUGGAACGCAUGGCUAUCCAAAAACAACGGAAUGAAACUUUAUUCAAAGAGGUCCACCACGUCCUCAUAUUUUUCACAGAUGGUGCUUUCAACAUGGGGGGUAGGCCCGAUGACACAGUGGCCAAAGUCAGGGAAAUGGUCUACAUGAAUCAAAAGGAAGAAAGGGAUCAAUAUCUUGAUAUCUAUGUUUUUGGUGUUGGAAAUGAAAUCUUUGAUGAAGAUAUCCAGCCACUUGUGACAAAACGGGAUAAUGAGGACCACUACUUUAAACUAAAGGAUGGUACAGAAUUGGAAGAAACCUUUGAUAAAAUAAUUGAUGAGAGCAAGGUUGUGGGUCUAUGCGGGCUCCAUAGAAACUACGAUCAUGACACCGCAGACACCAUACGUGUAAGAUAUCCCUGGAUGGCAAGGAUUGGCAUCCCGCAUGAGGAUGGAAGUUAUGGUAAAUGCAUGGGGUCUCUGGUCACUCCCCGCUUCAUCUUGACUGCUGCUCACUGCUUCAAGUUCACAGACACAGCAGAUAAAAUCAAGAUUACGAUUGGCAAAAAUACAGUUCUAACAGGAUCACGCCUAAUAUUACACCCCAAUUAUGAUAUCAAAGCCAAAGAGAAAGAGGGGGUAAAGGAGUUCUAUGAUUAUGACGUAGCUCUCAUCAAACUGAAGAAUGAUGUGGAUAUCUCUAUCAACACAAGACCGAUUUGUAUACCUUGCACCAAGGAAACAAGUGGUGCUUUAAGAUUGUCGGGAGAGGAAAUCACCUGCAAGCAACAAGAAGAGCUCUUGUUAAAAAAUCAAUUUGAAGAAGUCAGUUUCAUGUCACAUGAUAAGGACAGGGAAAACAAUAAUGAUAAGCGGAGCGAUGCCAAACUUAAGCUCCUGGAUCAGAGGGCGAAUUGUAUUGAAUUGGCUACUAAGGUAGAUGGCAUAACGUCAGAUAAUCUGAAGGAUGUUGUCACUGAAAACUUCCUGUGCUCGGGUGGUCGUCAACCUACUAGAGAUCAUGUUGCCUGCAAAGGUGACUCCGGUGGUGCUCUGUUUAAGAACUAUGAUGAUUAUCGCACAAUCCAGGUUGGAUUGAUCAGCUGGGGCACCAAAAAUCUGUGCCCUGAUGGUAACAACGACAUCCAACAGGAGUCUAGCGAUGACUCCAGAGAUUUACACAUCAACCUUUUUAAAGUUGUGCCAUUUCUGAAGAAGCAUCUGGGGGACGACACACAAGAUUUUGCACCACUUCAGUUUUUAGACAAAUAGAGACAGCGAUGAAGGUGUGCGUUUUUAACAAAGUUUCAUGAUCAUGUGAUUAUGUCGUUCUGGCACUGAACAUGAUCAUGUGUCCGAAAAAUAGUUUACUGAACUGUAGUUAUCAAUGAAAGUGUGUUCAUUUAACUGAAUUCGAAGAUAAAAGUGUGUUCUUUGCUAGUGCUGAUAAUAAACUCAAACUCGUUAACUGAA